UACCGAGAAUUCUGGAAGUAGGUGAUCAGGAAUAAAAAAUGGAAGCGACUGAGGCUGAAUCAUCAUCGAGGAUCACUUGUCGUGGGGAUUUAACUCCUUAUUUCGAGAAGAGUGAUCACAGCAUUAAUAAAAUUUAUCAAACUGAGAAACCUUAGCCACAGCGUGAUAAUAUUUUUGUUUUCGCAAAGUCCCUUCAAGUGAUUUUUGCCGCCGAACAUUUUAAUCUCUCUAUAAUAAUGAUGAAUCAUGCUCCGAAAAUCACCACCAGGUCCCCCAGAUCUGCAAGGAUGCGCCCUGUCAACUGGGUGUGGACGAGGCAGGAAGAGGUCCAGUCCUGGGCCCGAUGCUCUACGGCAUAGCAUACGCCCCCCUGUCCAAAAAGCAACUCCUAGUGGACCUCGGCUGUGCAGACUCCAAGACUCUCACAGAGGACAAACGAGAUGAAAUAUUCGACAAAAUCUGCGACAAGCACGAGGAGAUGGGAUGGAUGGUAGAGGCCAUUUCUCCAAACAUAAUCGCAAACAGCAUGUACAGAAGGUCGAAGAUUUCCCUGAAUGAGGUAUCAAUGAAUUCAGCGAUUGGCUUGAUCAAACGAGCCAUCGAGGCUGGAGCAAACAUUGCUGAAGUCUACGUCGACACAGUGGGAAAGCCCGAGAAGUAUCAGGCAAGGCUCAAGGCCAUCUUCCCAGAUAUCGGGAAAAUCGUUGUUGCCAAAAAGGCUGACUCUACGUACCCCAUCGUCUCGGCGGCUAGUAUCUGCGCAAAAGUCUCCAGAGAUCACGCUCUUCGGGCCUGGCAGUUUAGGGAAGGAACGCCAAAGGGUAAUCCUGGCAGUGGGUAUCCCAAUGAUCCGCUGACCAAGAAGUGGUUGAGUGAGAAUGUUGAUCCUAUAUUUGGAUAUCCACAAAUUGUGCGGUUCAGCUGGUCUACUGCUGAGAGUAUUGUGGCGGAGAAGGCUGUUGAUGUUGAGUGGGAAAAUGUUGAUGAUGAUGUCAAGAGAGAUGACAAGGAGCAGAAGAUUUCCAAAUUUUUCGCUAGGGUUGAAAAAGAGAGACACCCAUUUUUUGUUGAUCGAUGCCUCGACGGAACUACUGAUUUGUGACUGAUUAAUUAGGGCGAAGAAGCCAAUUGCUGGACGAUUGAGGGGGUUAUCAGGGGGGAAAAUCCUUCAACAGACUCUUUACCUUUUUUUUUCAUAGUAGUCAUAGCUGGCAAGCAACGUGUGGUUUUUUUCAAACUUUUCUACAUUUUAUUCACAAUCGAUGUCAUUAUUUAUUGUUUUAAAACUAAUUUGUUCGUGAUUGACCAUAAAAGAAUAAAAGUGAAAAUCGUUCAGAAAUCGACUUGUUGACCCAAAAUUUUAAAAAUUUAUACUUAAAUCCUUGCGAGUAAAAUUUAAGAAAAAUCCUGUUUUACAGCAUUGUAUGCAUACUAUUUAUAAAUAAAUGUCAUUUUUACAAUGAA